CAAAACCUUUGUCGCAAAUGUUCAUUCAUUUUUCGAAAAACUAUCUCAAACCCGCUGGUGAAUACCAGCAAAAUUGAACGUUCCGUAUAAAAUGUACAAAAAACCGAAACUCGAAAAACCACAUAUAAGUCAUCAAUGUUGCAUACCUUUCACCCAAUCGUGCUACGCCGCCAAUCAAAGUAUCAAACACAGAACAUACCCCCUGGGAUAUGGGGGAUAUUUUGUGGUAUCCUGUAGUGGUAUCAAAGGCGCCGUGAAAUAAACAAAAACAAUCUAAAAAAAAACCAGUUGUUUCUAGGUCGUAAACAAUCACGUUAAUUUACGAAAUGGAACCUUGCAGGCUUUGCCUGUCGACCGGGGAUCAAAGAACCAAGGUUCUACAGCACCCGAACCUGCUAAAAAACAUUGAACAAUGCGUGGGCAUUAAGAUAGCCCCAAACGACCCCUAUUCCCAACUGGUUUGUCUCCCGUGCGUUGCCAAGGUGGACAGUUGGUACAGCUUCAAAACCACGUGUUUGGAGACGAAAGUAGUGCUAGAAUCCAAUUACUUGGCCCAAGAAGAACCGUCGUUCGAAUCGGAGAGUUGCCCUAACGAACCACAACAACCUAAGGCAACUUGUGGGUUUUGCUGCAAAGCCUUCGAGUACUACACGGACUACUUGGACCAUCUAACCACGCACAAAGAUGCGAUAUAUGCAUGCGAAUUGUGUCCGAUGAAGUUCAACAGCAAGUUGCUGUUGGUAGGGCACGAAAAACUGCAUAAAAUCCCGUGCAAAAUCUGCGGAACCAGCGUGAAAAAAAUAAAUAUGCGGCAGCAUCUAGUUAAGCACACAGAUAGGUUCAAAUGCCCUCAUUGCGGCUUAACGUUCACUUGCGGGCCGCUGCUCAACCAGCACAUUACGGCCAUUCAUAUGAAAAUUAAGGAACAUUUCUGCGACACCUGCGGCAAAGGGUUUGGCACCAAAAACUCCCUCAACCUGCAUUUGAAGAUUCACAAAAACGAAAAGCUCUAUAAAUGCGACAAGUGCCACUUCGCAGGAAACACAUCAAUCUCCCUAAGAAUUCACCUUUCCACCCAUGAGAACGGGACGUACAUCUGCGAAUAUUGCCCGAAAAUAUUCAAGAGUUUCCGCAACUUGCGCGACCAUCUCCACAGGGUGCACAAACCAGACAAGAAAUUUGCCUGUGAUAUUUGUGACAUGAGAUUCAACCUGCGGUAUCGGGUAGAGCAGCAUAAAAGGACGCAUACAGGCCUGCAGCCCUUUGAGUGCUCAAAGUGCGGCAAAACGUUUGCCCGAAUGGAUGGACUCAAAGAGCACCUGCAAACUCAUCAACAAGUUGAGCCAGUUCAAUGCGGAUUAUGCCGGAAAUUGUUCAAAACCAAACGUGGCCUGCAAAGGCACAAUUGUACUUAGAACAAGCAGUAUUAAAUAGAAUAAACACAGGAAAUUUU